ACUCUGCAUCUAUCCUCAAACAUUUAUUGUUAGGAGUUGGCUGUGUGCAGUACCUAUCGCCAUAGUUUAGUUUCAAAAUGAUCAUUAAACUGAUCGCAGUUGUGAGUUGUGCUCUGAUCUUGGUAUCUGGACACCGCCAUCACGAUGGGUGCCAUCAUGGUCAAUGGCAAGGACACGGACCCGAUCAUGGCCAUGGACACGGCCGCGGCCACGAACACGGACACGGACAUGGACACGGACCUCAUCAUCAUGGUCACAAACAUGGACACCAUCAUGGGCGGCAUCACUGGCAUCGACAUGUACCGUUUGUGAAUUUUGAAGUCCAUGAACCGAAGGGCUUGACAGUGUCCAUGGUUCAGCACAACCCAAACACAACGCUCUUUGGCAUUGAAUUGUUCGUUAAUCAUAAGCCUGGGCUGUCGAACGACUCGCAUCAAUGCGAUGUUUGCCUCAACACUACAGCGGUUACGUACGGAAAGUUCAUAGUUGAAGAUGAUGAAGCUAUUGUAAAGAAAGGAGAUGUAUUCUACUAUUUUGUCUUGCUGGGAGACAAUACUAAUGUUUCUCGUUCGCAUCUGCAGAAAUUGUGGGUGACCGACUCAAUCGUUAAUAAAUGUAACUGCGAAACAACGUCAGAGGACCCGGAUAUUGAUAUUCGCUUUGGAAACCCGGAUCGCCGACCACCCUUCGGUGUCAAGCCUUCGUUACCAGCAGAAGUGUUUCCGGUUGUUGUUCCGUCGGAGAUUGAUGAUUCCCAUUCCAACGAGUUCAACUCUGGCGAAAACUUCCCAUUUGAAUGUGAUCUAGAUCCCAGCACCAAUCUGUGUCGCACAGCAAAGGGCAAGAAUCUUCAACUGCCAAACCAGGAUCUUGAGCGUGAAGUGGAUGUGUUGCAGGCGGUUAUAGAACAUAUGAGAAGGUCAUGUGGACCCCGGGGAACCACUAAAAUGCUGCGUUUGGAGAGCUUGGAUUCCCUGACCAACAAUACAGAGCAGUUGAUAAAUGUUGUGAAGUCUUCGCUCUCGUUCAAUCCGGAGAUGGAAACUCUUACCAGCAGGAUCAGCCGUGUCAUGUUAGAUGGUCGAUCGUCCCGUGUUGUUCUGUUUGAAAUGGUUAGUUAUGUUGACAAGCAAAAAGUUUUGUAUCACGCGCGGAUGAAUUAUCUGAAGAACAUCAGUGACAAUGACUUGCGUCAGUUUGGAAGGCCUGACUUGAGAGGUUGACGGAAGCUGUUAAUUAAGAAGAUUUAAGAAGAACAUUGUAAACUGUAAUGUAAAAGUAACUUGAUGGUAAUAAAGCUCUUCAUAAACUGCAA